AUGGCUGUUCCUCAAGAAACUAUCCAAAAGAUCGAAGAUGGCUACAAGAAGCUCCAGGUAAAGCAAAUUUUAUAUUGUAUUAGCUUUCAGGAUAGGUUAAUAUUCAGUUUUUGUAAUGUUGGGCUUAACUGACAUAACUGGAGAUGAUGUUAUUGGAGAUAGUUGUCUUGAUGGAUGAUAUUAUAGUAGAUAGUUGUCUUCUAGCCAAAGAUAAUAUUAUUGUAGGUAACUUGGAUGAUAUUAUAGUAGAUGGUGGUCCUGAUGGGCAAGUGUAUAGCUUUUUGCUGCUAUAGGGACCUUGUGAUACCUUUUCUAAUUCAAAAGUUCUUUAUGGACCUCUGGUAGCAUAAUAUAACUUGAAUCCUAAGGUGUAUACCUAGAAAAAUAUUGUUAUAAACCUCUAACCCUCCUUAACUUUCAGGAAUCCCCUGAAUGCCACUCCCUGCUGAAGAAAUACCUCACCCGCGAGGUCGUCGACCAAUGCAAGGACAAGCGCACCAAGCUCGGCGCCACCCUCUUGGACGUGAUCCAAUCCGGUGUUGCCAACCUGGACUCGGGUGUUGGUGUCUACGCUCCAGACGCCGAGGCCUACACCCUCUUCAAGCCAUUGUUUGACCCUCUGAUCGAGGACUACCACAACGGUUUCAAGCCCGACCAAAAGCAGCCCGAAACUGACUUGGGAGAGGGCAAGACCCACUUGUUGCCCGACUUGGACCCUGAAGGCAAAUACAUCAACUCCACCCGUGUUCGUUGCGGUCGCUCCCUUCAGGGUAAGAGUGUUGGUUGCUUUACGCUAUGUUAAAGCUUUAGGCGGACUGUUGUUCAUAUAAUUCUGAGCCCCGCGAAAAUUUGCUUUAAGAGGGGCACAUAAUUAUUUGAACAACCUAACCAAAUUUUUAGAGAUAAUUAUUAUAUUAACCAUGGUAAUCAUCAUGUCUUUGCAGGAUACCCAUUCAACCCAUGCCUCACCGAGGCCAACUACCUCGAAAUGGAAGGCAAGGUGAAGAAGGUGUUCGAAGAGAUUCAAGACCCCGAACUCCAAGGAACCUACUACCCACUCCAAGGCAUGACCAAGGAAAUCCAACAACAACUCAUCGCUGACCACUUCUUGGUAAGUAAGACUUGUAAAUUAGGUAAUAAUUGGCAAGAGGAGCGAAUUUUUCAACAUCAACUUAUUGCUAAAUAUAUAUUAAGCCUUUAAAAAUCCAUUUCAAAUAAUAAAAAUACUCUUUUCAGUUCAAGGAAGGUGACCGUUUCUUGCAAGAGGCCAACGCCUGCCGCUACUGGCCCGCCGGCCGUGGUAUCUUCCACAACAAGGACAAGACCUUCUUGGUGUGGGCCAACGAAGAGGACCAUCUCCGUAUCAUCUCCAUGCAGAACGGCGGCAAUGUCGGCCAAGUCCUCGAACGCCUGAUCAAGGGAGUCAAGACCAUCCAAGCCCAGGUACCAUUCAGCCGUGACGAGCGCCUCGGCUGGCUCACCUUCUGCCCCACCAACUUGGGAACCACCGUCCGCGCCUCCGUCCACAUCAAACUGCCAAAAACCUCGGCCCGCCCCGACUUCAAGUCCAUCUGCGACGGCCUCAAGUUGCAGAUCCGUGGUAUUCACGGCGAACACAGCGAGUCGGCCGGCGGUGUCUACGACAUCUCCAACAAGGCCCGUCUCGGUCUGACCGAGUUCGAAGCCGUCAAGCAAAUGUACGACGGUGUGAAGCAUCUCAUCGAGUUGGAGAAGCAAGCCUCUUAA